ACAACCUACUCGACCAGACGCCCCCCUGACGUGAAAUGCCUCGCCCUAGAAGACCUGGAGCGCCAGAACCGAAGCGUCGAAGCCGUAAAGGAUGUUGGUAGGCCAUGCAAAGCACGGAAGGUGAAAUGUGGCGAGGAAAAACCAUCAUGUCUUAAUUGCCAACGUCAAGGCGAGCGCUGUGACUACAGCGUUCGUUUGAAUUGGGGAGGCCGGACAAAACGCAUGGCAACUGACUCGCCAAAUUCGUCACUCAAUCGGUGUGGGGAAAGUGUAAUUGGUUUUUCGGACUCAUUUGCUAUAAAUCAAAUGAGCCCGAUAUCAUUUCCUACCCCAACAAGUAAUAACCCCGGAGAUGGAUUUGCAAACGCCCAUUUUGGGGACUUGACUACGCCGGAGGGAAUAUCGCCCAAUACACCAGCACCAGUGGGUAUUUUCGACUCCCCAAGACUCGGUUCCGGAUCUGAAGGAGUGACAUCACCGGGUCAACUAGAGCCUCAGUUCAAUUCUUCCUGGGCAGAACAAUCUCCGCCGUUGACGACAUCAGUAUCUUCAGAGCCUUUGCCACGAUAUCAACUUCGACAGCAGAGUCUUGAUAGUCCAUCCUAUCUGGCCUCUAUAGAUCAGACAUCCGAUCUCAGAGAACUUUCUGUAUUCGCAUUCCACGCCAAUCCUGUGUCACACGCAGUUUCAUUCCUGCGUCACUCUGUGGACACAUCCGAACGCCACUUGGAGCCAUCGAAUUUUCAAUCUCUUGAUGAAAGGCAUGUUGGGCUACAUAAUGAACAUGGCAUACCUACUGGCGUUAGAUCUGGAAGAGGACAAGAGGGAUCUUCAAAUAGCCCCCAGGAUAUGAGCGGUCUGUCCUCCAUGCUGUUCAAUUCACCCAAAGGGUCAAAUGGAAAGUCCUCCUCGGAGGCCUGCAAGAUACCUAACAUCAUGGAGUCCGUCCAUGAUUAUCUCGAUGAAACCAACUCGAAUCAUCAAUUGUUGGCAGAAAGCAACCAUGAAACCGAUCAAACACCCCACGAGUCUUUAAUUGCACAAAGCAAAUGGCAGACAUAUCUGAACAAUGUGACCGACAAUUAUGGACUAGACUCUGGGCGCCCUGAUCAAGAUCUGACUUUCAAUAACGACCAUGCAGCCAUAGACAUCAACUAUGCCUUGGAUUUGAUAAGCUCUCGAUGGCGAACCCAGGAGAACUCGGACUCGCCAGCAUCCCAGCCUGUCUCAGAACCACAAGCUCAGUUUUGCAGUGGUUACUAUGCUUCCCCAGUACCCAUCAAUGUUCCGAGGUAUUUGUCUCCGCUUCCAUCAUCAUUGUUGGGGAACCCCAUCAACUUGAUGUACUUCCAUCAUUUUCUCAACCACACCGCUCGAAUGCUCGUUCCUCACGACUGCGAUAACAAUGCGUUUAUCUCAGUUCUACCAUCCAUGGCAAUCGGCGAUGCGAAUCUUCUUAAUUUGCUACUCGCAUAUUCUGCCAGUCACCGCGCUCGAUACUUAGGCCAUCCCGAGCCCGCGAAUCGAAUCGCUCAUUGGGUUAGCCAGGUUUUUCCAACAUUGCGCAUGGCGUUGGAGUCAUCUCAUGAGAAUAUCACUGAUAGUCACCUCGCCACGGCCAUUAUGCUGCUGUCAUUGAAGAUUGUUUCUCCGGGGACAUUCGAAGCGCCGAUUUCUUGGAAGAGCCACCUCAAGCUUGCGCGCGAUUUGUUCCUGGCACGCAGCGAGAGCAUGGCACGGCCUGGUAAUAGGAUCGGAGCAUUCUUCUGUCGUUGGCUGAGUUAUCUUGACACGAUGGGAUCCUUGUCAUGUCGAGAUGCUGGUCCUCCAUUGAUGAUAUACAACUCUAUCUUGACAGCCUGCUCCUCGCCUGAGGGCCUUGACGAGUUUGCUGUUGACUGUUUCACGGGGUUCACGCCCCGCACUGGGGUGUUCCUAAUUCGUCUCGCACAGUUGGUCCAGAAAUGCGACAGUCAAAGAUUCGACGAGAUGGGUGAGUUCCGACGUGAUUGGCAUGCAUCUGCAGACAUGGUCAUGGAAGCACAAUCGGUGCUAGGUGAUAUCGACGGGAUUAGCGAUCGUGCUCAUGCAAUCCCAGCACAUCAUGAGGGUGUUGAGUCCUCGGACAUGAUUGCCAUUGAGGAAGCCUUCCGGUUUGCCGGUCUGUUGCAUCUUCAUAGGCGCGUCUUUGGCUCUACACCUGACUCCUUCCCGGUCAAAGAGGCAUUGCGCAAGCUCAUUGACGCCCUAGCGCGCAUGCGACCUGGUGCAGCUACUGAGGUCUGCUCUCUGUUCCCAUUAUUCACAGCCGGUUGUGAAUCCGGAGACUCCGCUCAAAGGGCUAAGCUUUUGGAUCGAUUCUUUGUGUUGGAAAGCUCGGGCAUGAAACAGAUCCAAAAUGCACGCCAGCUCAUGCAACAAUGCUGGGAUAGAAAUUUGCCUUGGAUUGCUCUAGCUGGAGGUCAGUUUUUGGGUUAG